CGCUCGGUUUCGCGUCUCCGCCUUCGCUUGACUCUCCUAGGACUGACGAUAUGAUCUCUCUCGGGUCGUUCGAAUGUGCAUGUCGAAGUCGCGCUUCCGAACCUUGACGAUCCGCUUGGGAUUCGCCGUCAACGCCAUACCUGCGACAACCUGUCAACAUACACGCGAUGCCACGUCCGACAGGCUUGAGCCAGGUCUAUCGAGUCACAUACCUGCGGGCCGGCAAUUUCACUGCGCGGGGUAUCCGCGAGGCUCCUUCGUCGCUCGCCGGCGCUUGUCAGGCGACGCAUCUCCGGCGCGGCUUUGAUGAGACACACUUCUCUCGACGUCUCGUGCGUUCAGCCCUUCAGCCAGCCAGGACAUCGAUCAGGCGGACGCCACCGUCUCGAGAGCGUCUUCAGCUGGGAACCUGGGGAUCAUAGCCGAUUGAGCGACGAGCAA